AUGGAGGUUACCUACUGCUCCCCUCUCCAGCUCCAGGACAACUCUUUCCUGUUUGAGUCCCUGCUGGACAAGCCCUACGAUCCCCUGGCCUACGAUCCAGCCUCGGAUGCUGGUUACUUCAGCGCAGGCAGCAGCAGCUUGUCUCCUACCUCCUCUGUGGACUCCUUCUGCUUCUCCCCAGCCUCCCUCCACGCCACCGGAAGCGAACCGAACGCCAUGGAUUGUUUUGUCUUUAAAAGCCCGGCAGCGCCUCGCCUCACCCAGGGGACGCAGCCUCCGCCUUGCUCCGGAUCCUCCGCGGCCACGUUGUCCAUCACGAAGAAGUCCAGAUCCAGGUAUCCGGGGAAGAAGCGGGAGACGGCCAGUGAGAGAGAGAAGCUGAGGAUGAGGGAUCUGACCAAGGCCCUGCAGCACCUCAGGACAUACCUGCCUCCCUUGGUGGCACCCGCCGGGCAGACCCUAACCAAGAUCGAGACGCUGCGCCUCACCAUCCGCUACAUCUCCUACCUGUCGGCCCAGCUGGGCCUCAGCGAGGAGGCGCUGGAGCAGAGACCCUCAGGGUUUGCGGAGCAGCCCCAAAACCUCAGCCAGUUCCUGGGUCAGCCAGCAGCCAGCUACGGCCAUCAAGAAGAACCAGCCUGUAACACCAUGAGCUCAGAACAUCUGUCCUCCCUGCAGCCCUCAUAUCAGGUUUCAAAUGGAGUUUGCUUCACCAGCGAGCAGUUCUGGACUCCACAGCAGCAACUUCAAAGCGCCGCCUUCUCUGGACAGUGCUGA